AAGCACCAACGUUUAUCACACUGUUAUUCGAUCUGUUAGCAACCAGCUGUACAGUUUGUGUCGUAGUACGUUGAUCGUAUUUCAUUAGUUCAUUUCAUAGAAUUCUUCGAUAAUAUUGUGACGUUUUCAUUGUUAGAAUUGUGGAUUCAGCCAGUCUCAAAGUUCCUUUACCACUGGCAUCAAGGUAGUCGUUUAAAAAAAUAAAAGAGAAAAAAAAGUGAUUUAGUGACCAUGUAUAAUAAAACAAGUGCGACUUUAAUGCUGCAAACAAUUAUGGUGUUAAUGGAUAAACAGAAUUCAACGGACGUGACACGUUUCCCUACAAACUUUUUCGAGGAUGCUGAGCUGGAGAGGUGCUACGGUAUCUACGGGUGCUUCUCCAAAGCUUAUCCAUGGACAGAGAACCGUCCUGAUAACUACUUCCCUGCUCCACCGGACUCAUUGGGUGUUAGGUAUGCAGUAUUCACUAGACGGAAUAGAAAGAUCCCAUUACUAUUACAAGCGGAUGAUAGCGAGAAAAUUCAAAAUGCCAACAUCGAUCCUAGAGGGCCAUUUUACUUGAUCACUCAUGGAUUCAUUGAUGGCGGACAUAAAAUAUGGGUACAAAAUAUGGCAAAUGCCCUCUUGAACGUAGAGGGCAAUGAAGCGGCCACAGUUAUGAUCGUAGACUGGCGGAAAGGUUCCCAGCCUCCGUACGGGCAGGCCGUUGCUAAUAUACGACUGGUUGGAGCUAUGACCGCGCAUCUUUUGCAUACUUUAUAUAAAGUGCUAGGUUUGACCAAUUUAGACAAUUUUCACUUCAUCGGUCAUUCCUUGGGCGCUCAUCUUGCCGGAUACUGCGGUCACACUUUACAAAGGCAAUUCAACUUGAAGCUGGGCAGGAUAACGGGCUUAGACCCAGCAGCGCCGUAUUUCAGUAACACGGUGACACUGGUGCGCCUCGACCGCUCUGAUGCCAAGUACGUCGACAUCAUACACAGCAACGCCAUGCCAUUGUAUUUCUCAGGUUUCGGUAUAUCAGAAGCGAUAGGUGACGUGGACUUCUACCCGAAUGGUGGGUCGACACAGCCGGGCUGCAAGAGUGAGGGUGCGCAGAGCCCCGCCGGCGCAGACAUGUACACACAGCUCGGACACCUCGUCAGCUGCAACCACAAGAGGAGCUGCGAUCUCUUCACUGAGAGCAUUACCUCCUCAUGUCCUUUCAUGGCCGUCCAGUGUCAGUCAUAUGAGACGUUCCUUGCCGGUAACUGCACCACAUGUGACAGUAAGCAUUACUGCAUCCCCAUGGGAUACUAUUCCUAUACAUUCUACAAGAGACUGCUGGCCCAAGGUCUGGUCGACUCCAACUCUCACAUCACACUCUACUCUAUGACAGGUGGCUCCAGCCCAUUUUGUAAGGUGCACUACAAAAUAACAUUGAAGGUGUCAAACUCAACUGAGAGCAGAGUGCACGGACCAGAUGUGGGCAGGAUCUCUGUUGUACUUGUCGACAAGAAUAACAGCAAAAGCGAUCACAAAUUCAUUGAUGAUGAACAGAAAUACUACAAACCUGGUGAUGUAGAAACUAAGAUGGUGCCAUUCAAGGAUACAGGUUACCCGCCGAUGUCGGUCAUUGUCGAAUGGAAAUACGAAACAAAUUUGUUCAACCCUAUGACAUGGAGGUUGUUGAAGUCACCCAGUAUUUAUAUUGAAUAUAUGAAAAUAUCUUCUAUUGAAUAUAAUACUGACAUCACCGUGUGCCCAAAGAUGAAAAAGCCUGUCGUUGCAAACUUACAAACUGUAAUGAAGACAAAAUACUGCGGGUUUUCGUAGUAAUUAUAGAAAAUUCGUUAGUAGUUCGCUUCUUUGAAUGGGAAGAAAAACUGAAAACCAGCGCCAAGAGUCGGCUGUCAUCUGUCAAAGAUUAUAUACGUCAUUUUAAAGAUUUAAAAACCUAAAAUAUAAAUU